AUUUAGCGUUUAGUUUUAUUGUUAUUAUUAUUAUUAUUAUAUUAUAAGAACCGUUUGCUGUUUCGCUUACCCUUACAAACUUGAUUAAAAUAAUUUUUAAAGACGUUAAAGUUUGACGUGAGACACCUAAGAAAGAAAUGUUUCAUAUCACGAAAAACUUCAUUUCAGUAGGCCUAUAUUCUGUAUUAUUGGUAAAAUGAAGGCAUGUAGAUCUAUGCUGAAAUACUGAAGACUGCCAUGUAUUUAUAAGGCUUCAUUUGAUUGGAAACGUCCAGCACAAUGGUGCAUAUAAAAAAUGCUCUGUUUUAGUACUCAUUUAUUUAUUUUGCAUAUGAUCUUCAAAUUUAUCUCAAGAAAUGUCCUUCUUGUUUAUAUCUGAUUUCAUAGCUGCUUGCAAAUUCUUGUUCCUGUGCCUGCAGACAUGUUAACCUACUCACAUACCAGCUGUAGCCUCAUAAAUACUUUGUCUUGUUAGUUCAGAGCUUGUGUGUUAUCUCUAAUCUAGUCAAAUAUCUGGCCUCCCCCGCACUUCUUAAUGAACAAGGACUGGCCUGAUUUUUAAAUAAUAAUAAUAAUAUGGUGGACUCAAAUGCAUUUUUUUUUCCAACUUAGGUCACUUAGUUUCCACGGCAGAACUUGCCAUUGUUUUUGUCUGUAAGACCUGGUCUUUGUUGUUUAUUGAUGCACAAGCCGGCAGACACCAUGACGGGUCUCUGCAGGAUCAUGGCCGCUGCCGCCGAGUACGGACACAACUCCUGGGAGCUCAGCAUUCAGGUGGACCAGCGCGAGGGGGAUGAGGGCAUGAAGUUUAAAUUGCGGGUUAAGGGCGAUCUUCACGUCGGGGGUCUCAUGCUCAAACUGGUGGAGAAGAUAAAGGCUCCUCAAGACUGGUCCGAUCAUGCCAUCUGGUGGGAGAAGAGGAGCUGCUGGCUGCUGAAGACUCACUGGACUCUGGAUAAAUAUGGAGUCCAGGCGGACGCUGACCUGCGCUACACUCCACAACACAAACCCCUCUGCAUCCAGCUGCCCAACAUGAAGACCCUCCGGCUCCCUGUCACCUUCUCUCAUGUGGUCUUCAGAGCCGUGGCUGAGAUCUGCAAAACACUCAACAUAAGACUCCAAGAACUUUCUCUUCUGAAACUACCGGAUGAUCAAAAAAAGAAAAAGAAAAAAGACAAGGGCCAAGAAUCAGCCUUUGAUGAGAUAUUAAGCAUGGACAUGGCAGGAGGAGGAGCUCUGGGUCUGUACAGUAAAACUAUGACUCCAACUUAUGACCCGGACAGCGGGUCGCCUGCAUCUUCCACCAGCCUGUGGUUCGGCGAGAGUCCUCUGACGGCCUGCCAGCCCAACCUCCCAGCGGAGGAACUGGCCAAACUCUUCAAGCCUCUUACCAUGGAGGAUAAAACAGCAAUUAAUGCUGGCUGGCUGGAUUCGUCUCGCUCUCUGAUGGAGCAAGGAAUUCAGGAAAACGACAGACUCCUGCUGCGAUUCAAGUACCAUUGCUUCUUUGACCUCAACCCAAAGUAUGAUGCUGUGAGGAUCACACAGUUGUAUGAACAGGCCAGAUGGGCGAUACUGCUGGAGGAGAUCGAGUGCACUGAAGAAGAGAUGCUCGUGUUUGCAUCCCUGCAGUAUCACAUCUGUAAACUGACUUUAUCAACGGAGCCACUGAGCAAUUGUGAUGAGCCAGAGAUCGAUGAAGUCGAGGCUGCGCUCUCAAACUUAGAAACCACGCUGGAAGGACGAAACGCUGAUAAGAUCCUGGAAGAUAUCACUGAUAUUCCAAAGCUGGAAGAUACACUUAAAUUGUUUAGGCCCAAGCGAUUGACAUUAAAGCCGUAUAAGGAGUACUGGUUUGUUUUUAGAGACACCACCAUUUCUUACUACAAAAGCAAAGAUUCUGCAAAUAAAGAACCCAUUGAGCAACUCCAUCUACGAGGAUGUGAGGUCAUUCCUGAUGUCAACGUCACCGAGAAGAAGUUUGGCCUCAAGCUGUUAUUGCCAGCGGCUGAUGGAAUGAACGAGGUUUAUAUUCGCUGCGACAAUGAAACGCAGUACGCCAAGUGGAAAGCUGCCUGUAUUUUGGCCUCCAAAGGAAAGACGAUGGCCUACAGCUCGUACCGCACCGAGGUGAAGAACAUCCAGGCUUUCCUGCAGAUGAAGAGUCUAGCGCCUCCUCCUGGCCAGGCAGCGCCGGACGUAGAGUCUAUGGAGAUGAACGCAGAGUGCUUCGUUUCUCCACGAUAUGCAAAGAAGUACAAGACCAAACAGCUGACCACACGAAUCUUGGAGGUCCAUCACAAUAUUUCCCAGCUUUCCCUCAUGGAGGCUAAACUGCGUUUUAUCCAAGCAUGGCAGUCCCUGCCUGAGUUUGGCAUCAAGUACUACAUUGUCAGAUUCAGAGGAAGCAAGAAAGAUGAGCUCCUGGGAAUUUCCUACAACAGGCUGAUCCGCAUCGACAUGUCGACGGGUUUGCCGGUGACCACCUGGAGGUUCUCCAGCAUGAAACAAUGGAAUGUCAACUGGGAGAUUAAACAGGUGGCCAUCGAGUUCGACCAGAGCGUGUCGAUUGCUUUCUCCUGCCAGAGCUGCGACUGCAAAGUGGUCCACGAAUACAUCGGAGGCUACAUUUUCCUUUCCACGCGCUCGAAAGACCAAAACGAGACUUUAGAUGAAGAACUCUUCCACAAGCUCACGGGAGGACAAGACUGACCUCAAAUCAACAGCCGCUACAAAAGCAAGAAGCAAUUCAUAGUGUUUUUCAUUUCAAUUUGCCAAAGUCUUUUUAUAUUUGUAUUACGACACGCAAACCUUGCGCACGGAAAUCUAACAAUUCAAUCCAUAUUUUCGAUCUGGACUCUUGGCAUCUUUUGUUGUUUGCAUAUGAGCACUGUACAUCAUUUGCAUUAUUUGUGUAAUAAAAAUGGGAUGUGGUGGGGUUUGGAUUCGAAUGAGUUGCUAGUUUUCCACUGCAGGUUUCUUUGAAGUUGUGUACUAACACAGUGCUUUUUACAUUUCAGUUUUUUCGAAUGUAAAUAUGUUUACAUUAAAUGCUUCACCAAAA